GAUCAUUAGAGAACGUAAAUCUUAUGGCAUUUUUGGCCUUAUCAUACCCAGCGAGGCAUUUGCAUUUCUUCUCCUAUUUUUUUCUUUUUCCGCGAUCCACUUCUCUUACAAGCAGGUCGCCCCCUUCGGUGGCCAGAAAUACCUCUUGGCGGCUCUCGAUGGCGGCUGUCCACUUCAGGCGCCUGACCGGCUGACAUCGCGAACUCCGCGUUGGCUCCUGCGCACGGGGUCACGAUACCGUGCGGUGCGCCCCUCGUCCGCUCCUGAUUCCUGUCGCUUGAGGCUGUGUCCGAUCACCUCCUCGUCAUCUCGGGAGGUCCAAGGGAUGUUCUCUUGGCUGGACUGUGGCUACCACUGGCUGCUGCACAUGCUACGGGCCUUAGCCAUGAUGCCACUGCUGCAGAAGGAACCAGUGAUCGACGGUGGAAUUGUUGGUUCACGCCCAUGGGAAAUAAUGUCAGCAAUGCCCCGUUCAUACACCGCCGAAUCAAACGCUGGGCUUAAACUUCGAGACGCAGGACUUAUGUACCCUACGCUUUGCCACAAACCGAGUCGUAUCCGAUUUACCUCCGCCAGACGGAGACCUAUCCAAUCAUUACCGAGACGUAUUCGAGACAGGCAGAGGUCUAUCCCAGACCAAUGGUAUCCGAGCACGACAGAAGCGCACUCCUGGCAAGAUCUGAACCUAACGAGCCAUCAUCAUCCUUCGUCCUGGCCGUCAACAGCAAGGACUUUGACUAUGGCAACCAAAGGAGGGGCUACGCGGACUACUAGAAUCUAGAUAAAUCUCGUUGUUUAUAGGUUUAAGGAUAUACGCGUCCGUUUUAUACGUUUAUAUUAAGCUAAGUUAUGAUGAAUAAAACUAUUGAAAAGUCA